AAUGGACCAGUAAAAAUUGAUCAUUUCUACCUGAAUUUAAUGAAAGCAAACGAAGAUGUUUCAGCUAAAGAGUUUUUGAGACGUAGUAAUGAUGGAAGUGAACAAAUAAAGAUUUUUGUUGAAGCUCAAAUAAUGUUCGGGAACAACUUGUUCCCAACAAAGAACCGCCCUCCGUUGGUGAUUAAAUUGGUUUUAAAAAUUGUUUAAAAAAGAUUUUGAUAUAAUUAUUAUUUAUUUAUUUAAAGUAUUAAAAAAUAAAGUGUUUAAAAUAAUAAAGUGCUUGUUAAAUAUUUUAUUUGAAAUAUAACUAAUAAUAUUUGAAAAAAUAAUUUUAAUAUUUUUGAUUCUCUUAAAUUUUUGAUUCUCUAAUUCUAAUCUUCACCACAAUGCAGCUUUCGUACUCCAAUAACAUUAAAGUUAUUAAUUUGAAUAGUACUAAAUUAAUACCUGAGUGGAUAUCAGAAAAGAAACGUCGAAAAUUAGAAAAGCAGGAUGUCGACAUUCGGAAGAGAGUUCAAUUAUUACAAAACCUUGAGAUGCCUUCAGUUAGCCGAACAAUUUCCUUUUCUGCCGAUGGAAACUACCUGUUUACGACAGGAUCUUACAAGCCAACUUUAAAGUGCUUUGAUUUAAAUGAACUAUCACUUAAAUUUGAACGCGGUCUGGAUGCAGAUGUUGUUAAAUUUCAGUUAUUGAGUGAUGAUUACACAAAAUUUAUUUUACUUGAAGAAGAAAGAUUUGUUGAAUUCCACACGGGCUAUGGACGAUAUUUUCGGUUGAGGAUACCACAUUUUGGCAGAGAUAUUUCAUUUUGCCGAGAAAUAAGUGAAGCAUACAUUGCUGGCUGUCGAAACGAAAUCUUUCGGCUUAACUUGGAGCUCGGACGUUUUCAUGAACCUUUGUAUAGUCAAUCGGAGUCUUUAACAUGUUGCCAGUUUAAUGACCAACACCAACUUUUUGUUUGCGGGACAACGGAUGGAAAAGUUGAAGCAUGGGAUUAUCGUGAUCGAUCACGUGCUGCUGUUCUUGAUUGUGUGUUAAAUAAGGCUAUAGCUAUGGAAUUGGAUCUUGAUAGCAGGUCGUCAAUUGAGGUUUCCAGUCUUUGUUUCAAGGACGCACUUCAUUUGGCCGUUGGGUUGAGCAAUGGAUAUAUUCUUCUCUAUGAUAUCCGGUCAUCACAACCUUAUCUUACCAAAACUCAUAAUUUUGGAUUGCCAAUAACUCGUUUAGAAUUUGCCUCAAAUCAAGAAGUUGUUUUGAGUAUGGAUGGACGUGCUUUAAAAAUUUGGAAUGAACACAAUGGACAACCUUUUACAAGUAUAGAACCUGGUUCUGACCUCAAUGAUUUUACUCAUUACCAAAAUUCUGGUUUUUAA